CCAGAGAGAAGGAGGUUGGCAGUGCGAGGAGCUGCUAUGGUGCUCAGUUCCCUGGCAGAGCUGGCUGAGCCGAGGUGGUUGCAGCCAUGAAGGCGGGUGCCACGUCUAUGUGGGCUUCGUGCUGUAGGCUGCUGAAUGAAGUCAUGGGAACUGGAGCUGUCAGGGGCCAGCAGUCAGGAUUUGCAGGAGCCACCAGUCCAUUCAGAUUUACACCAAACCCUGAUUUUUCCACCUACCCUCCAGCAGCUACGGAAGGGCCCAACAUAGUUUGCAAAGCCUGUGGAUUUUCAUUUUCAGUCUUUAGAAAGAAGGUACAAAGUGAAAUCACUUCAGCAAACACAGAUGAUGAUGAUGACGAUGAUGAGGAUGACAAUGAAGAAGAAGAAAAUGUGGAUGAUCAGACCACUGGGCUCUCCAAGGAGAGCCUGAGAGCUUCGCUGUCUGACUUGUCAAGUCUUAAUGAUGUGGAAGGGUUGAGCAUGCGUCAGCUGAAGGAAAUUCUGGCUCAGAAUUUUGUCAACUAUUCUGGCUGUUGUGAAAAAUGGGAACUGGUAGAGAAACUAAACCGGUUAUACAAAGAGAAUGAAGAAAAUCAAAAAUCCUAUGGUGAGUGGCUGCAGCUGCAAGAUGAAGAAGACGACAGCCUGUGUCACAUCUGCAUGGAUGCCAUCAUUGACUGUGUCCUGCUGGAGUGCGGGCACGUGGUUACCUGCACCAAGUGUGGCAAGCGCAUGAGUGAGUGUCCCAUCUACUGGCAGUAUGUGAUGCGAGCUGUGCACGCAUUCAAAUCCUAA